UUCAACAAAGUCGCCGUUGGUUUUGAUGAUGGACUCAGCUGGAAGUACAUGCUCGACGACGGCAAAAGCACCAUCGAGGCCCUGAUGCAGUUAAAAGCAGAGUACGCGGCAGGUACUCUAGGGCCAUGCUGCGAGAAGUUGACGCAAGUGUUGGUGUCAGGCGAGCUCGUUGUGCAAGCGGUGCAUUACCCAUCCGGUGACACUCUCGAGAGGUUCGCCUUCAAUGCGCAUGCUCACGAUGAGGAGAACAACACGUUCUUGCCGACUACGGUGGCCACAAAAAUCAAACUCAUCAAGUCCAUCAAAGCCACAGUUCCGGGUAGCGAGUGGAACUUGGUGCAGACUUGGCUCGAAGGGAGAUACGGCGUCGCCAAACGUUCCUCCAUCAAGCGGACGAUCGCAGCUGCCAAGUGUGUGAGCGACCGCGUAGUGGAGUUUAUCGACGAGAGGGCUGCCAGGCUUGGCGCAAAACACGGCAUGACAUCGGGCUACAUUCUCGGGAACGAUUACUUUUGCUCCCUGGAUGCUAAAAAGCAGAGUACCCGACUCAGCGAUGAGGAGCAGCUCGUGGCAGUUACUGUCAUGGCGAAGGUGCUCGACGAUGGCGCCAGCCUCACGAUCGACACUUUUCAGAAAGCGGUAUGUCGGCCAAUUAAGUUCGCUUGCGUGUGGGUAAAGCACGCUACCAACCAAUACUCGGACGUGUUGGGCACGCCGGAUGGCCACUCCAUGAAAGGCGCCAUCGACCGCACCCGUACCAAUCUGCUCAUGAACGAUGGUUCGAGGGCCAAGGUCGUCGAGUGCAUCGCCACGAACCAGCAGCUGGCGCCCACGAUUGUCGAGUGCAAGGUUUUGGUGGACUCCCUGAAGGCAGUGAGGGCUCGCUUGCGCGCCCCUGCUCUUUCGGCAAACAGCGGGGCCAAUUGCGACGAAGCCGGCGACGCCCUCGACCUGGAGCUGGAGUCGAUCGCGGUGAAGGGCGAGCAGGACAAGAGCAGAGUUGAAUGUCGUACCCCGGAAGAGCGGACAGCCGAUGCGAAGGCACAGAUGCACAUGGGCGCCGUCGCGACGUUUUCCAGCCAGGCAGAGUUCAAGGCGGAGGUGGUUAGACGAGUAACAGAUGCGCACACUAAGUCGGACUGGGUGAUCUUGUUGGACGCGUCGAACACAGCACGUCGCGUGCAGACCUCGUACCUCGAAUUGAUCAAGUCGUCCUUGUCGGAGAAGGUAACUGGCCGCAUCGUCUGCAUGGUCGGGCCUUCAAUGGGGAACGCAGCAGCUUGCUCCGAGCAGAUGGCGAGGCUAUGGCCGAGGGCGAACGUGUACGACACCAAGGUGACCCAGGGCUCCGAGCAUGCCGACCGUUCCAGGGGGUCGCGCGGCGACGAGUACAUCAUCACCGUCGAACUGCCGAACGCGAAGAAUGGGGCGAACGCCAUCCCGCACAUCCUCGUCACGACGUCCCGCGGCACCCCUUCGGAUGCGAUGGUGGACAGGGAGAACACCAACUUCGAGGCAAUGCUGGAGGAUAUGAUGCAGUCGGAGGACGGGGGCGGUUCGGGGAAAAAGAUCCGUCGCUGGUCUUUCGCGCGCCCGGUCGCGACGUACAGCGCAGUGUUGCGGCAGAUCGGUCGGAUCUCAGCCUGCAAGACGUGUAUCAUGGUCUCCUGCACGGCUUCCUCGAAUUCUAUCCUCGCAGCGCACGCUGCUUUUGCCGAGAUGCUGAUGGGGGCCGGCCAUCGCAUCUUCGCGCUCGUCGACCGCCCGUCGGCCCGCCUCCGAUGGCACGGGCAACAGGCCCUGUUGACUGGGCUUAGGGCGGCAUGCGCUCCGGCUGCUUCGAGCGCGUUCACGUCGGCCGGUUGUUUGUUGGAGAACUUGCAGUUGAUCGUCGUGCCAGCUGCGUCCACCACCGUCGACAUUGCUGACGUUUCAUUCGCUGAGUCGCCUCCUUUAUCGGGCAUUGACAUCGCGGUGGACAUCAGGGCGCGGGCGCGCGCGGCCUUCGCCAUCGCUCUGAAUUGCACGGGCCCCCAGACCUCGUAUAUGCCGCUGCCGGGCUCCGCUCGGGCCCCGAGCGGGCCCUGA